AUGAGCAUCAUCAAAAAUAUCUUCAAAUCCCAAGCACAAGGGUGUAAUAUCCAACCAGAUCUAGAACACAGCUGGGGGCCGUGUCUACAGACGCUCGAGGGGCAUGGCAGUCGGACGGAAUCAGUAGUCUUCUCGCCAGAUGGAACAAGUCUGGCAUUUGUGUCACACUAUGAGGCCGCCCAGAUCUGGGAUGCGCGUACAUUCUCACCCGAUAGAACAAAGCUAGCAUCGGCUUCAGACGACACGACAAUCAAGAUCUGGGACGCGAAAAAUGGGGAGCGCCCACAGACGUUCGAGGAGCAUGACAACUGGGUCAGCUCAGUAGCCUUCUCACCUGAUGGGACGACGCUUGUGUUGGCGUCAAACGAAAUCAUUAUCUGGGACACGCAAGAUUGGCAGUGCCUAAAAACGCUCAAGAAGGGGUAUAGUUUUAUCAAUUCGGUAGCCUUCUCGCUCGAUGGAACCAGGCUGGCUUCGGCGUCAGAUGUUGCCACAAUUAAGAUCUGGGACAUGCAAAGUAGGUAUCACUUACAAACGCUUGAGAGUCAUAGUGGUCGAAUCGACUCAGUAGCCUUCUCGCCCGAUGGAACGAGAAUGGUGUCGAUGGGAAACGAGGUUAAAAUCUGGGAUGCGUAUAGUGGGCGGUAUCUACAGACGGUUGAGGGACCUAGCCGUUGGACCCAAUCAGUCGCCUUUUCGCCCGAUGGAGCACAUAUCCUUACCAAUGAGGGCAAGUUUCACCUUGAUGCCUCCAUUAGUGGCACUACUAGCAAUAUCAUCAAUUUUGGCGAUGUGCAGAAUGUUGAUAGAGAUAUAUGCGUGGACCGCUUCAACAACUGGAUUUUACUAGAAGGAGAGAAGAUUCUCUGA